CAUCAAUUUGAAAGGUACAAACGUCUGAAUGAAGACAAACGUGUUACAGGAUGUGCGUCAGCAAUGAUUGCAUGUGGGGAUUCUGUGUUUCUUGGUUUGGGUCUUGGAGCUGCAUCAUCUGUAACCAUAACAGCAACGGUGCUAACACUACAAGCCGGUGCCUUUAGCUUAGGAAUUGUUGCUGUACCAUUUUCCUUGACAGUAUUAUUUGCCAUAUGGACCUAUGUAUAUGUAGAGGAAAAAAUUCAGGCUUGUAUCCAGAAGGAAGACACUUAA